AUGCGCAAUGAGGAUAAUUAUCAUAAAUUUGUCACAAAAUUCUUACAUCUAGCAGGUGAGGCCAAUAUUGUUAAGGGGGACUACAAGACAGACUUCAAUAACAAGCUGUCCUUUGACCUUCAGAGGAUGGUAGCAGUAGUCAAUGCAAUUACAAAUACAUAUGCUGAGUUUCAGAAGAUUUGUGCUCAGGCAGUUCACAUCCUUCAAACAAUCAAUAUUACUCAGAAGUUAAAGAGCUUGCAAAGAAAUGAAUCUAAUACUUUCAAGCAAAACAUAUUGCAGGCUUUCAAUAGUCAAACUUCCUCUGACACCUUUGCAAUAAAAUCUUCUAUUAUGAAGAAAAUUAUGAGUAUCUGUCCAGACAUUCAGUGCUACUACUGCAAGAAGAAAGGUCAUAUUGCAAGAAAUUAUCUCAUGAAACAGAAGUCUCAACAGAUGAUCAUUGAGUUCACAGAAAAUGAUGCUACUAAGUCUUCAGUGAAUUUGAGAAAAAAGUGA